CCUGUCCCCUGUCCCAGCCUGACUGGCGGCAGAGUCCCCGCUGGGUGGUGCCAGUAGUCGGGACUCCAGUGCGAACAGCAGGAAGUGUCUCACAGCUGGAGACAUGGACUCCGUUCUGUUGCUCCUUCUAGCGCUCUUCUCCUACCGGACCGGAGGGAACCGAUUGUUCCGCGGAAGCUCUCCGGUCGGACUGGAUCUGGACCUGGAAGUGGACGCGGACCUGUCGGCGGUGUUUCGCCGGGUGGAUCCCCGCUUUCUGUCCGUCACCAUCGACGCCAGCUUGGCUUCAAAUGAGAAGUUCAUGCUGCUGUUGAGGUCUCAGAGGAUCCGAACUCUGGCCAAAGCUCUGAGUCCAGCCUUUUUAAGGUUCGGGGGAACCAAACAGGACUUCAUGGUGUUCAGGCCUAGGAGGAGCCAGCGGCUGAAUGCAGAUGAGCCUUGCAGCAGUACUGGACUCCCUUGGUGGCUGGAGCAGAGGCUGAAAGAGGACUGGACUCAGCAGAAGCUCAUCCUGCUCAAGGAGGAGCAGCAGAACCAGCACAACAGAGUCCACUUCACAGAGCUCACCGUGGACCUGCUGCACUCGUUCAGCAGCUGCUCGGGCCUGGAUCUGAUCUUUGGCCUGAACGCGCUGCUCAGGACCGCGGACAACAGCUGGAACAGCAGCAACGCCCGCUCUCUGCUCCAGUACUGCGAGUCCAAACGAUACAACAUGUCGUGGGAGCUGGGGAACGAGCCAAACAGUUACGAGAAGAAGGCCGGGAUCCGCGUGGAUGGAUAUCAGCUCGGAGUGGAUUUCACCCUUCUCAGAAAGAUGAUGGCAGAGUCCAAACUGUACCGGGACGCCGGGCUGUACGGCCCAGAUGUGGGUCAGCCGCGGGACCACAGGGCAGACUUACUAAAGAGCUUCCUGCAGAGCGGAGCCGAGGCCGUCGACGCCUGCACCUGGCACCACUACUACGUCAACAGCAGAAACACGUCAUUACACGACUUUCUAGAUCCUGAAGUUCUGGACUCCCUGGCUUUAAAGAUCCAAGAAGUCCUGAAGAGAGUGAAGCAGGAAGCUCCUGGGAAGCCCGUGUGGCUCGGAGAGACGAGCUCAGCCUACGGCGGGGGAGCGGCGGGACUGUCUGACGCCUUCGUCUCGGGAUUUAUGUGGCUGGAUAAGUUAGGCCUGGGAGCCAAACUGGGCCUGGAUGUGGUGAUGAGGCAGGAGUUGUUCGGCUCCGGGCAUUACCAGCUGAUCGACGAUGACCUGGAUCCUCUCCCGGAUUACUGGCUGUCGCUUCUCUACAAGAGACUCGUUGGACCAGAGGUCCUGAAACUUUGGGCCGUCUCGGACUCUGGCAGGAGCAAAAGAGUGAGGCUGUAUCUGCACUGCGCCAACAGGAGGAGCUACGCCAGCGGAGCCGUGGUGCUGAUAACGAUGAACUUGAGCAGGAAGCCAGCCAGGAUCUCACUUCCUGUCCUGCUCUCCGGCAGCACAGUGGACGCGUUUGUCCUCCAGUCCAGCCUGCCGGGGAAGGAGGGACUGCAGUCCAGGUCUGUGCAGCUGAACGGAGUGCUGUUGAAGAUGGUGGAUGAUAAAACUCUCCCCGAACUCAGCGGAGCUCGGUCACCUCCAGCUGAACACGUGCUGCUCCCUGCCUUCUCCCUGGGGUUCUUUGUGUUCUCGGAGGCCCGGGCGCCGGCCUGCCGCUGAGCCCAGCACAAAGCCUGAACAUUCUGGGACUGCAAGAGGACAGACUUAGGACAGACUUUGUCUCAUGAAGGAGCUGCUGAAGGGUCCUGUUAUUAGAACCUACUGUGUUGACUAUGCAUAGUUUUUAAUCAGUUUCUCAGCUCAGAUAACUACAUGUAACCUCAUGGGGUCCCAUCCUACGAUGAUCUCACAGUUGCACUACUUGUCAGGAUGUCUCAGGGUCAGCUGAGCCUUUUAAACUCAGUUUGUGAUAUCUUACUGCUGUAGCUGAGUGUUGUUUCACAUUAUUCCACCCCGAAUAAAGAACAUUCUGGUCACAUUU